UAUGAAGCCUGUGGACAAGGAUCGAAAAGCCCCUGCAAAGAUGCUUUUGUGGCCACUGCUUCAGACCAAGAGAGAAACUCAAACGAUUACCAUGGUGAGCAAAAAACAGCGGUGGGUCAACAAAGAGAGGAUGGCAAGGUGUGCGCAGGUCAAAACGUGUGGAUUGACAUGGAAACCUGGGAGUCCCUAAUGGAGCAAGAGACAAACUCCAAGUUCUGCAGACUGGCCGCAGUCUCACUCUGGCCAGCCGACGUCCUUGCCAAGAGGAGCGUAACAGGCACGCUCCCCAACUCAGUGCUCUUCCGAGGCUAUCAGGAUCCAUUUCCAGCACUUACUCCAGCGAAACUGAGGGCAUUCAAAGAACUGUUUGGUCACUACCUUGACAAGCGCGGUGCUAAAGACAAGGAAAAAAAGGAUAGGCUCAAGAAGUUGCGGGUGCACCUUUCGCGCAAGAUAUCCGACCUCAGGCCCCCAAAGUCCCAAAGGAACAUCUUUCCACCAGCUGAUGCUAAACAAAGCACUGAAUGA